GUUCUACGAUCGCAAGCUACGCCCUACGCGAGACACCAGUUGCUGCUACAGCUGAAACGACCGGACGCCAAUUAGUGACGUGGUGGUAAAAGACGUGGAUGACGUGUACGAGAUUAAAAUCAAUAAUGGCGGUCCCUUGUUGUCUUUGUGCAAUACUACGACGGCUGACGAGACGCCACUGGCCGUUUACUCAGUGACACACCGACGCGAGAUCGAGUCUUUUUUGUUUGGCGUUCGCACCGGCUGUUUAUCCGUUGCUGAAUAUUGUUCGCCUCGUUUGUCACUCAUUGGCACCGCCAUUAAACCACCGUUCGUGUAGUCCGUUUUGGUUGAAUAAUAAUAAAUAGCCAUUGCCCGACUGCUGGUAAAUCGGUAAAGUUUUUUUCCUGUGCACGUCAUCGUUUUGUUUACAACGCUCAAAUUGUCUGUCUAUUACCAACGGAAAAAGCAAAAAAAUAUUCUUGUCCAGAUACUGCCCACAAUUCAAAACUUCACAUAACAACCUACUUAAAAAAUAAGAAAAUGGAGUCUCCUAUGCACAUAGACGAUAAUCAACUGGAAAACGAUAAAGUUACUUUAGAUGUGUGUAUAAUGUUGAAUUAUAAUGUCCCAGCUCAAAAAUCUGCAGAUACUGAACAAGUGGGAGAAACUGAUAACUCCUCGAAUGCAAAUACUGCAGCUUUUAAUAUAUUUAGUCCGGUACCACAAAAUGAGGGAAAACAAUUUAGUUGCUUAGUAUGUUCUUCACUAUAUGACUGCCAAUUACUUUGUCGUAAACACAUUCGAGAAAAACAUAUGAAGAAUGUAACUACUAUAGUUUUAAGAAGGGAAAGAACAAAAGAAUAUUCUUGUCCAGAUACUGCCGACAACUCAAAACUUCACAUAACGUGCCCUCAAAAAUAUAAGAAAGUUGAGUCUCCUAUGUACAUAGACAAUAAUCAACUGGGUAACGAAAAAAGAAAUGAAGUUGCGGAUAUGAUGAUGAAUUACAAUGUCCCUGCUCAAAAAUCAGCAGAUACUGAACAAGUGGAAGAAACUGAUAACUCCUCAAAAGCAAAUACUGCAGCUUUUAAUAUAUUUAGUCCGGUAUUACAAAAGGGGGAAAAACAAUAUAUUUGCUUAGUAUGUUCUUCAUUGUAUGACUGCCGAUUACUUUGUCGAGAACACAUUAGAGAAAAACAUGUCAAGAAUCUAACUGCAAUAAUUUUAAGAAGGGAAAAAACAAAAAAAUAUUCUUGCCCAGAUACAGCCGACAACUUAAAUCUUCAUGUAACAACUCCCCCAAAAAAUAAGAAAGUGGAGUCUCCUCUGCACAUUGACGAUAAUCAACUGGAUAAUAAAAAAGAUACCGUAGAUGCCGGUAUGAUGUUGAAUUGCAAUGUCCCUGCUCAAAAUUCUGCAGAUACUGAACAAGUGGAAGAAACUGAUAACUCCUCAAAAGCAAAUAGUACAGUUUUUAAUAUAUUAAGUCCGGUACUACAAAUGAAGAAACUUGACAUUAAGAGCUUAGUAGUUUCUGACAACGGAUCAGUCAUAUUAAUAAAUCUUAAAGAACUUGAGGAAGAAAAUAAGAAGCUAAUACCAUAAAUUUAAAUGAGAGAAAGAGAAAUAAUAUAUUCUUGUCUGUAUACUGCCAACAUCUCAAGGCUUCCCAAAAAAAAAAUGUUUAAUUUAUAUAAUUUAUUUAGUAAUAGAAAUAACUUACCCACUUAUUUUUAUGAAAGUUGUAUUUAAAUUUAAAAAGGUUUCUUAGUA